AUGAGUUCACUAAGCUACUCCACUCCUGCUGAAGAAGAGGGGGUCUGCUGGACGGAGAAAGAAGAAGAGGCUGUCACAGUUAAACAAGAAGUAGAGGAUGAGGCUGUUACAGUUAAACAAGAAGUAGAGGAUGAGGCUGUUACAGUGAAAGAAGAAGAGAAAGAAGUUACUGUGACAGAAGAGAAAGAAGCUUUCAGAAGGAGGAAGGAAGAAGAGGAGACGGGAGAUCUAAGUAAAACCAGAGAGCGACCAGACUCUCACUCUGACAGCGGGGAGAGUCAUUCAGGGGAACCAGACCCAGAGACGUCCAAACCAGCGAGACGACACCACUGCUCCCAGUGUGGAAAAAGUUUUAACCGAUCACAACACCUGAAAUUACAUGAGAGAACACACACAGGAGAAAAGCCUUACCACUGUUCCCAGUGUGGAAAGAGUUUUAGUCAGUUAGGGAGCCUGAAAGGUCAUAAGAGAACACACACAGGAGAAAAGCCUUACCACUGUUCCCAGUGUGGAAAGAGUUUUAGUCAGUUAGGGAGUCUGAAAAGUCAUAAGCGAAUACACUCUGGAGAGAAGCCGUACCACUGCUCCAAAUGUGGAAAGACAUUUACAUGGUUAGUGGGCUUGAAAAUGCACGAGAGGACGCACACAGGAGAGCGGCCUUACCACUGUUCCCACUGUGGAAAGAGUUUUAGGUUGUUAGGGAUUCUGAAACUGCAUGAGAAAGCACACACACGAGAGAAGUCUUACCCCUGUUCCCAUUGUGGAAAGAGUUUUAGGUGGUUAGGGUCCCUGAAAACACAUGAGCGAGUACACACACACAAAAAGGAAAAGCUCUACCAAUGUUCACUGUGUGGAAUGAGUUUUACCCAGUUAGAAGCCUUGAAUAGGCAUGACAGGACACACACACGAGAGGAUAAGCCCUACCACUGCUCCCAGUGUGGAAAGAGAUUUAACUGGUUAAGGCAGCUGAAUAAGCAUGAAAGAAUACAUACACAGGAAGAGAAGACAUACCACUGCUCUCAUUGUGGAAAGAUAUUUUCCCAGUUAGAGGACCUGAAAUCACAUGAGAGAAUAGAGAGCCUGUGUUCUGACUUGAGUUUUUGACUGAUCAUUUGUGUUUUUGUCUAAUCCUCAUGAAAUUAAAAUCAUUUAGCUUUU